UAAAUACAAAAUUACCUAUUCGGAAAAAACAGAAAAAAAAACAAUUGAAGUGCUUUGAUUUGAGUGUUGUAUCUCUGCGGUUGGCUCAUGCCUUCGAAUUAUUUUGAAAGUGUUGCGCUUGGUUGCACGUGGUCGUUGUUUUCAAGUGUUAAUUCAUAGUGCACACAGCGUGCGUGCAUAAUAACGAAAUAACAUACAUACAGAAAUACUUACCAAUACGAAUGCAACUUGCAACUCAGCGUCACAACAUUGAAAAGCGUUACGCCUUUAGAGUAACUCCGUGGAUUACGGCGCGUAUUUAAAACCAUUUAAAUCAUUGAAACUUCAUCCAUUGUUAUUUUUGAAAUCAAGUGAAAAGUGAAUAAGAACAAGAUAUCGAACGCACUGAUUUGAUAUUAUAAACGGAACAUUCACAAGUAACAAACGUAUAAAUUAAAUCAAAGACAUUUAAAGAUGCAAUAUCAGCCUGGAUCCUGGUACCUUCCAUGGGGCAUACCGAUACAGAAAAUGAUGACCAUGCCCUACCCACAACAAGGAUCCGCACCUAUGGACCCAUAUUUGCCAUCCAACAAUGCAGCUUUAACUUGCCACGUACUACCCAAUCCCCAUCCCCAUCAGGGCAAUGGCAACGCCAAUGUUGGCAAUCCUAUUCAAAUGGAAGCUACAACGAGCAAUCCAAACUAUCAGCCUACAACGUUUAACUCACAUGUAGUAGGAAAAUUUGCAUGUGCCAAUACAGUUGAAAAUAUGAAUGCAAGUGCUCCACCGUCGACCAUUCAACGUUCAGGGGCGUCCAUAACACCAACAAUUCUUAAUAAUCAUUCACGAACAUUACUUCCGAAUGCCCCAGUAUCGAAUGUUCAUUCGCACCACCAAAGCAUGUUGAUGCCAUCUACGAUAUUUGCACCCCUAACAAUGCCGACCUUUGCCCUGGGUUCACCAACAGCUGCACCUGCCUCUGCCGCAUUGAACAAUUCCAUGGCUGGGAUGCCCAGCAACCGAGCCAGUCUUUCAGAUUGUACUCGAUUUGCUGCUCAACAGUCGGGUCACAGUGGCAGUUCGUCUUCGCCUUUGACAAGCAUUUCCUCCUCCGCACCAUCAAAUCAAGCAAUACCAACAGCGCUGAAGUUAAACGUCGAUGUAGUCGCAAUGCAUCACCAUGUAAACAAAGUUAAUGCUGCGAGCAAUCUUCCAAUCUCCUUCACAAAGAUAUUUUCCGGGUUUGAUGAUUACAAGGAUAUGAAGAAACCGCAGAAUCCAGAAAAGCGAAAAGUAGAAGAUGCUGACCAGCUGAAAGAUUUAAAAAAAGCAAAAUUGGAAACAAAAGCACUGAAAGCUAAACGACCUGGAUUUACUGAUGAGCGAUAUCACGAAACUUCUUAUUACAUAGAAAACGGUUUGCGGAAAGUGUAUCCGUAUUAUUUCACUUUUACUACAUUUACAAAAGGUCGUUGGGUAGGAGAAAAAAUUUUAGAUGUAUUCUCACGAGAAUUUAGAGCUCAUCCUGCUGAGGAGUACGAACGCUGCAUUAAUUCGGGCACUCUGACUGUUAAUUACGAAAAGGUUCCAAUCGACUACAAGCUCAAACACAAUGAUUUGCUAGCAAAUGUAGUUCACAGGCAUGAAGUUCCAGUAACUUGUGAACCAAUCACAAUUGUACACAUAGACGACGAUAUUGUUGUUGUGAACAAACCAGCUUCUAUACCAGUUCAUCCCUGUGGAAGAUAUCGCCAUAAUACUGUAGUCUUCAUUUUGGCUAAAGAAUACAAUUUAAAAAACUUACGCACUAUUCAUCGUCUGGAUCGGUUAACAUCGGGUCUUCUUCUGUUCGGCCGUAGUCCAAAAAAAGCACGUCAGUUGGAACAUCAGAUUCGAAACAGACAAGUUCAAAAGGAGUACGUCUGUAGAGUGGAAGGCAAUUUUCCGGAAAAUCCAAUAGAAUGCAAUGAGCCUAUUGAAGUUGUCAGCUAUAAGAUUGGUGUAUGCAAGGUGUCUCCCAAUGGAAAAGAAUGCAAAACAUCAUUUCAGAAACUUUCUUAUGACGGUAAAACCAGUGUCGUGCUGUGCAAGCCCUUAACUGGGAGAAUGCAUCAAAUUCGAGUUCAUCUUCAAUACCUUGGAUUCCCAGUUGCGAAUGAUCCGUUAUAUAACCACGAAGUAUUUGGGCCUCUUAAGGGACGGGGUGGAGAUAUUGGCGGUAAAACAGACGAGGAACUAGUACGGGACUUAAUAACUAUACACAACGCAGAGAAUUGGCUGGGUAUUGACAACGAUUCGGAUAUAUCAUUAUUUAAGCCUUCUAAAGGAGACUGUGAUACCGAAACAUCAAACAUAGGUAAUGCAUUAAGUUAUGAUGAAACUGAGACUUUGUCUGAGGAAACAUCCUCGUUAUGCACAAACAGUCCGAGCAUUGGUGAUAUAUAUCAAGAGAGUGCUACAAACUGUUAUUUGCAAACUCAUAAUUUACCUAAUGUACUGUGCCUCGAUGAUCUAAAAAAAAACGACUGCAGCUUGCCAACUGGAGACACUCAUAUCAAGGUCACCGUCGCCACACAAACUGAUCAUGAAUCACCCGAUGUGGCCUUUAAUUCGGAGAAAAUGACAAUUGAUAAACAUUGUUAUGAGUGCAAAGUUCGUUACAGAGAUCCUAAACCAGAAGAUCUAGUUAUGUAUCUGCACGCAUGGAAAUAUAAGGGUCCUGGGUGGGAAUACGAAACAAAACUGCCCAGCUGGGGACUACCAGAUUGGAAGGAGAAAAACUAAGAUAAAAUUAAACAGAUUUAGCUGUAUUUAUUCAAUGUUAAACAGCAAAUAUUAUGUCAAUUGAUGUAACUAUCAAUAGAAUAAACUUUGAAAACAAUUAUAGGA